AUGGCGACAAUACCAAAAACACAGUACGGAUUUAAAUUUGACAAGUCUCUCAACAACAUUCGCUUGGUUGAGAACUUGCCCGUUGAGCAGCCAUCCAGUAACCAGGUGUUGCUUAAAAUCGAGGCUGCUGGACUCUGUCACACUGACUUACACCUUUUGGACGGAUUUGACGCUGGCGACAAUUACGUCAUGGGCCAUGAGAUCUUUGGUCUGGUGGCUUCAAAAGGUGAAGAUGUCAAACACUUGGAAUUAGGCGAUCGUGUGGCUGCCUUUGGGCCCAAUUCGUGUGGAGUAUGCUCAAUGUGUCGCCAAGGUUACGACAACGACUGUCUUAAAACCGAGUGGCUCGGACUUGGUAACGAUGGUGGAUACCAGCAGUAUUUGUUGGUAAAACACCCUCGUAAUUUGAUCAAGGUACCUCAGGAAGUGUCUGAUCCUGCUGUUGCUGCUGUUAUCACCGAUGCCAUGUUGACCCCCUACCACGCCAUUAAAAUGGCUAAUUUGAACCCAGCCAAAAAAGCACUUUUCAUUGGCGCUGGUGGCUUGGGCUCGACUGGUGUGCAAAUCGCCAAAUUGUUUGGUGCUCAUGUCACCGUGCUUGACACCAAGAAGAGUGCUCUUGAAUUGGCGAAACAAUUUGGUGCUGACGAGGUUUUCACUGAACUUCCAGCGACUAUAGAACAAGGUACUUACGAUGUGUGUCUUGAUUUCGUGGCCGUCCAAAAAACGUUUGACAUUUGUCAAAAGUAUAUAAAAUCACACGGCACUAUCAUUCCUGUGGGUUUGGGUGCCACCCAUUUGUCGUUUGACUUGGGAGAUUUGGCUUUGCGGGAGAUUCGUGUGUUGGGAUCCUUCUGGGGUACUAGCAACGACAUUACCGAGUGCUACGAUUUGGUAAAACAGGGUAAGAUCCACCCCAAGGUCACCUCCUUCCCAUUGAAGGAGCUCCCCGAGUGCAUUGAAAAGCUUAAGAAGGGUGAUGUUAGUGGAAGAAUGGUGCUUAUUCCAUGA